AUGGGGAAAAUGGCCUUCAACACGUUGAUGGGCGUCGAUCCCUCGCUCGACCAUCGUCACCACUUCGAAACCUCCUGGCUGCUGCCUCCGCUGGCCUUCGCUGCUCUCCGCGCUCUCGUCGCCCUCUACAUCUUCUUCACCAACUUCUUCAUCUGGGGCUGGGACGGCACCCAUGGCGAUCGCGCCGCCAUCGGCCAGAGCUUCAGCUACUUCACCUGGCUGACCUACUGGGGUCUGGGCUUCUACUACCUGGUCGCCUGCGUCCAUACGGCCUGCUAUGCUCGCUCCGGCCGCUCGCUCCUCUUCGACGCCUGCCCACGAGGUCUGCGCGCCCUCCAUGGCCUGUUCUAUACCACUAUCACCACGUUCCCGUUCCUGGUCACCAUCGUCUUCUGGGCCAUCCUCUACUCCGGGCCAUGGUAUCGUGUAACCUUUACCGGGUGGUCGAAUAUCUCGCAACACGGCCUCAACUCCCUCUUCGCGCUCCUAGAAAUCAUCCUCCCCACAACCAACCCCCACCCCCUUCUCACCUUCCCUUUCCUCGUCCUGCUCCUGCCUCUGUACGUCUCGCUGGCCUACCUGACGCAUCACACGCAGGGAUUCUAUCCCUACUCGUUCCUGAACCCGGGCGUGCACGGCGAAAAGAGCGGCCGCGUGGCCGGCUACUGCUUUGGCAUUUUGGCUGCGAUCUUGGUUAUCUUUGCCCUGUCGUGGGGGGCGAUCUGGUUGAGGAGGAAGUUGACGCGUGGCGCGGUUAAGAGAUCGCGGUUUGAUCGGGAGAGAACGGUCGAGAUGGAGGAGGUGAGUGUUUAG